AUGGCUGGGUCUCCUGUGAAUGCAGACAUCCAGACAAGCAUAAUAGAAAUACCAGUUUUCACUUCCCAAUUUUUUGAAAGGGAGGUCACACAGCUCUGGAGGAAACAGGGAGACAGAGUGCAAGUGGAUGAGCCCAGAAUGGGCAGUGAGGCCAGCCGAAGAAAAACCUUCCAAGACUGGCCAGCUGAGGGCCCUGUCUCUCCCCAGGACCUGGCCAGAGCCGGCUUCUUCUACAUAGGCCCUCAGGACAGGGUUCAGUGUUUCUGCUGUGGUGGGAUGUUGGACAACUGGACCGCUGGAGACAGCCCCAUCCUAGAACACCAGAGGCUUUUCCCCAAGUGUCAGUUUGCCCUCAGCAAGCAUACUGGCGGUCUCCCUGACAGGAACACUUCUGACAGCGUAGAUGGGCAGAUUUUGAGUCAAUUGCAAAGAAUAUCAGAGGAAGAAGAAGGGGAAGGAAAUGAGACUGUCCUGACUACGAGACCUGCCUACCCAGAUAUGGGAGUAGAACAAAUCCGCCUGGACUCAUUUCACAACUGGCCAUCUGCUUCAAUGGUGUGCCCUCAGCAACUGGCCAGAGCAGGCUUUUUCUACACAGGCCAGCAUGACCAUGUGAAGUGUUACUACUGUGAUGGGGGCCUGAGGAACUGGGAUCGAGGGGAUGACCCUUGGAGGGAGCACGCCAAGUGGUUCCCUAGAUGUGAAUUUCUGCUUCAAUCCAGAGGCAGGGCCUAUGUCAGUAGCAUCCAGGAGUCCUCCAGCCUACUAGACUCCUGGGGUCAUGGAGAAGAUCCAGGAGAGGUAGAUUCCACUCCUUCUACCCCAGGUAGCCCAGGAAGCCAGGCUUGGCUAGCGUGGCCAGCCUGGCGGCAAUCCACAGUGGUAAAAAGUGUGCUGCAGAUGGGGUUUGAACAGAGCAUGGUGGAGAGGUUGGUUCUGAAUAAAUACAGGCUGGCUACCCCAGCCAGCACAUCAGUAUCUCAGCUGGUCUCUGAUCUAAUCCAGGAGGAAGAGAGGAGUGCAAGAGAGACCAGAGCACCUGCUCCCAUGGCAUCUGAGUCAAGUGCACCCAGAAGAGAAGAGCAACUUGAGCAGAUCACAGAGGCAGGACCCCUGAGCACGGAGCAGCAGUUGCAGCAGCUAAAGGAGGAGAGGACAUGCAAAGUGUGCAUGUACCAAGUGGUAUCCAUUGUCUUUGUCCCCUGCGGCCACUUGGUCUGCUCAGAGUGCGCCCCAAACCUGCAGCAGUGCCCCAUCUGUCGAGCCGCCAUCCGCGGCAGUGUCAGGACUUUCCUGUCCUAGCCGCGCCUGGGUGAGUGAGAGGGCUCUCCCACGUUACCUGCCGCAGAUCAGACAUGGCGGCAGGAAAACAGCCUCCGAGAGAGCAGGUUAGGCCAGGGGUCACAUGGACAUUUGAAAUUUCCGUUUUCCUUCCCUACUUACAAAAUGGAACUUAGUCAGAAGACAGUGCUGUGAGGCAGAAAUAUAGAUGUCCCUGGAGAGGGCAAAGGGGCUUUGCAAAGAAAAAAAGUCAUAUGGCAUUUAUCCCUGGCUGAGCAUAAGGCUUGGAACCCAGACCUCCCCUUGGCAAGUGUCCUCACCUGGGCAUUUCCUGUAUCAGGGGAGUCACGGGUCCCUAGCUUCUCUCGUAGCUGAGUGAAGUUUGGUAAGAGGGAUGGAUGAAUGGAAAGGUAGGUUGGUCUAGAGAUCUCCAACCUGUGACUAUUCCCUUCUCCACGAGUACCUCCCUCCGAUUCACUCUCUGAGUAAUCGUGAAAAUCAACUCUUCCUAGAGACUCCUCAUGAUACUCCCGAAGGAGUGUCCGACCUCAUCAUGGGAGCCAUAGCUGCAACUUCAAGCAAGGUUAGCAUAAUUGGGAAACCAUUAGGGGACAUCAAAGGGCAGGGGAAAUAACCCAGAUCCAAAACUAUAUAUCUAAGCGUCUCCUAAGGCAACAUUUUUUGGGGGUUGAGGUAUACAAGUGUGAAUUUCUGCUUUGGUUUUUCUGUGACUAUGUUUGAAGUUCUUUAAUUUUUUCCAAUAAAGUUUCUUCCAGUGUAAUCAAUGCCAUGAGGUUGACCCUUGAAGGUAGGAGGCAUUCCAUGACAGCCUAAUCUUUUGUUCAUUAAUAAUAGCAAGCCUUUAUAUAGUGUUUACUUUGUAAGUGCUGUGCUGAGAUUUAGAAUUACCUCAUCUGAUCCUUACAACAUCCCUGGGAGGUAGCUGCUAUUAUCCCUACUUUACAGAUGAGGAAACUGAGGCAGAGAUUAAAGGACUAGCCAAGUCACACAGCUGUUGAGCAUCUGAAACCCAGAAUUUCCACCUAAGUGCUCUUAAUCGCUUUCUCUACCAAUCUCCUGCCAAUGGCACAAUAUCUUCCACCAGGAUUGAUUGGGAUGACAUUCUACCAGGGGAGAGCCUUGAAACCCUUAAACUUGACUGCCAAUCAGUGUGCCUCUAAGCAGGAGGAUGGGUGGAUGUCUGAUCAAUAGCUGCAGCUGUUAGGAAUUCUGAGGUAGUUUGCAGGGUACUUCUUUAUGCAAUGUAUAGUAGAAAUUUGGAAAGGAUUUUACAAAUCACAGCUUAGUUCAACUGCCUUAUUUUGCUAGGGAGUAGUAGUGACAGAAGAGGCAGUAACAUUCCAAACUCACAAAGGGUCAAUGGCAAAUGCUGUACGCAAACUCAGAAAUCCUAACAGCUAUCUGCAAAGCAAGAACCUUCUUAAAGAAUCUUGAUUUCAAUUGUUCUUUUUAAAAUAUGAAUAUACAUCUCAAGGAUCUGAUUUUUUUUUUUUUUUUGUACAUGUUAAAUUUUCUCAAAGCAAAGGCAUUGUUUUCUGGGAGGGAUCAUAUUUUGGACUGCUAGCCACUAAAUCCAAUUCAGAUUAGUACGUGGGCUACAGUGGCUGUCCUGGAAUGCAAUUUCAGGACCUUCUGAAUCCCUGACAUCUAUUUUCUAUUAUCUAAAAUCUCUUUGGUCAGAGGAAACUUAUGUACAUACAGGUCCAAGGGAGAAGGGCUAUAAAUGGUCAAGAUUAGAAUUCUUCCUUGGGAGCAGGAGGUUAGAGGCCAGCACUGAAUCCAUGGAGAUGCAUGGUACUGGAGGAAGGAAAGAGGGGUGAAAAGAGAGGUAUUAAAGAAAGGGGGGAGAAGGGAGUGAUGGCCGAGAAAGCAGUUCAUUGUUUUGCUUGGGGCCCUUCUGGCUACUUGUGCUCCUCUCCUCUACGUGCAGGGGGCAGCAUUAUUCCAUGAUUUUGGAGCCUUUGGGUGAGCCAGGCAGAUAAACAGAUAUUGAGCAUGAGCCUUUCAGGUUUGAUAGCAGUCAUGUUAAUGAAAGGUGGUCAGAAGGCCCUGCUGUUUGCUCCUUUUCAAAGUUGACCCAAUAAAAUGAUGAAAAUCAAAUUUAUCUUUGUCCAGCUUAUGAUGGUUAAUAGAGUGACCUAUACAUCUAGAAUAUAUUAAAAACACCAGCUUGGUUCUUUUGUCUAAAUGUAUUAUCAAUUUAUAGAUUCAGAACUAUCAAAUCUUAGAGUUGAAAAGGACCUCAGUGAUCUAAUUAUGCAAUCUUGGAUUUAGAAGUGGACAGCUAGUUCAACUAGUCCAUUUUGCAGAUGGGAAAAAUGAAGCCCAGAGAGGUCUUGCUCUAAAGUUGCACAGCAGAGACAGUCAAACCUGGAAGAAAGGUCUCUUGAAUCCCAGCCCACAGCUUUACUGCUAGAUGAUUUUGCUAAUUAAUACGUUCAUGGAGUUGACCAGUGGACCAUCAGAGAAUGUUUGUGUCCA